GUGGGUGCGCGGCCGCGGCUGCGGCUUUCGGCGGGUCCCGUGAAAAUGGCGCCGUAGGCGGGAGCGGGAGGUGCCGCCGGCUCCCUGCGCUGCCGACCGGGCGGCGCGUCCUCGCCCCUCUCCUUCCCUCCGCCACCCCGCCGUGCUCCGGCUCUGCCGCCCGCUCCCGGCCCCCGCGCCACCUCCUGCCUCCCGCGCGGCGAUGGCGACUCCGGACCAAAAAUCCCCCAACGUUCUGCUGCAGAGCCUCUGCUGCCGCAUCCUGGGCAAGAGCGAAGCUGAUGCAGCCCAACAGUUUCAGUAUGCAGUGAGAGUUAUUGGAAGCAAUUUUGCUCCCACUGUUGAGCGUGAUGAGUUUCUUGUAGCAGAGAAAAUCAAGAAAGAACUUGUGCGGCAAAGAAGGGAAGCAGAUGCUGCUUUGUUUUCAGAACUCUACAGAAAACUCGGUUCACAGGGCAUUUUGAAAAACAAAUGGUCAAUACUCUACCUCCUGCUUAGCCUUAGUGAGGAUCCACGUAAGCAGUCUAACAAGGUGUCAAGUUAUGCCACGCUUUUUGCUCAAGCAUUGCCACGGGAUGCUCACUCAACCCCUUAUUACUAUGCCAGGCCUCAGACCCUUCCAUUGAAUUACCAAGACCGCAGUGCUCAGUCUGCCCAGAGUUCCUGCAGCAUGGGCAGCAGUGGGAUCAGCAGCAUCAGCCUGUAUGCCCUAAAUGGGCCAACUCCAACUCCACAGUCACUCAUUCCAGGACAAUCCUAUCAAGCUCCGGGUGUUGGAGAUUGCCUCCGUCAGCAGCUAGGUUCACGUCUUGCGUGGACUUUAACUGCAAGCCAGCCUUCCUUACAAAGCACUACCUCAAAAGGCUUUUCAAAUGCUGUCUCUCGUGGUGUGCCAAGGUCGAGGCGAGAAGGGGACACAAGUGGUUCUGUUGAAAUAACAGAAGCAAAUCUUGUAAGAGAUGUUUUAUAUGUCUUCCAGGGAAUAGAUGGAAAAAACAUCAAAAUGUGCAAUUCUGAAAAUUGCUAUAAAGUGGAGGGAAAGGUGAGCUUGUCGAAAUCUCUCCGAGAUACUACAAGCAGACUUGCAGAGUUGGGGUGGCUACAUAACAAAAUAAGAAAAUAUACAGACCAGAGGAGUUUGGAUCGUGCAUUUGGACUGGUGGGACAGAGUUUUUGUGCAGCCUUACAUCAGGAACUUAAAGAAUACUACCGACUUCUGUCUGUUUUACAUUCUCAGUUACAACUGGAAGAUGACCAGGGCGUGAAUUUGGGACUUGAGAGCAGUUUAACACUUCGCCGUCUUCUGGUCUGGACAUAUGACCCCAAAAUAAGGUUAAAGACUCUUGCAGCACUUGUUGAUCACUGUCAAGGGAGAAAAGGUGGUGAACUAGCCUCAGCAGUUCAUGCCUAUACUAAAACAGGAGAUCCCUACAUGAGAUCUCUGGUUCAGCACAUUCUUGGCCUAGUAUCCCAUCCUGUACUGAACUUCCUCUAUCGCUGGAUUUAUGAUGGAGAGCUGGAGGAUACAUACCAUGAGUUUUUUGUAGCUUCAGAUCCUACAGUUAAAACUGAUCGGUUGUGGCAUGACAAAUACACUUUGAGGAAAUCAAUGAUCCCAUCUUUUAUUACAAUGGAGCAGUCAAAAAAGGUCCUUUUAAUAGGAAAAUCUAUAAACUUCUUGCAUCAAGUUUGUCAUGACCAAACUCCAUCCACAAAGAUGAUUGCUGUUGCAAAAUCUGCAGAGUCUUCAAAAGAUGCUGCUGAUUUGUUCACAGAUCUGGAAAAUGCAUUUCAAGAGAAAAUUGAUGCAGCUUAUUUUGAAACCAGCAAAUACCUGCUGGAUGUUCUCAAUAAGAAGUACAAUUUGCUGGAGCACAUGCAGGCCAUGAGGCGCUACUUGUUACUUGGUCAAGGAGACUUUAUCAGGCAUUUAAUGGACUUGCUCAAGCCAGAGCUUGCACGACCAGCUACAACCUUGUAUCAGCAUAAUCUAACUGGAAUCCUGGAAACGGCGGUGAGGGCCACGAAUGCCCAGUUCGAUAAUCCUGAGAUUCUCAAGCGAUUGGAUGUUCGACUUCUGGAGGUAUCUCCUGGGGACACUGGAUGGGAUGUCUUCAGCUUGGACUAUCAUGUUGAUGGGCCGAUAGCAACGGUAUUUACACGUGAGUGCAUGAGCCACUAUCUAAGAGUAUUUAAUUUCCUUUGGAGAGCAAAGAGAAUGGAGUACAUUCUUACUGAUAUAUGGAAAGGGCACAUGUGCAAUGCAAAGCUUCUGAAAAGCAUGCCAGAGCUUUCUGGCGUGCUGCAUCAGUGUCACGUUUUGGCAUCAGAAAUGGUCCAUUUCAUUCAUCAAAUGCAGUAUUACAUUACAUUUGAGGUGCUUGAAUGUUCAUGGGAUGAACUCUGGAACAAGGUCCAACAAGCACAGGACCUGGAUCACAUCAUUGCAGCUCAUGAAGUUUUUCUGGAUACAAUCAUAGCUCGGUGCUUACUGGAUAGUGAUUCCAGGGUACUUCUCAAUCAGCUUCGAGCAGUUUUUGACCAGAUCAUUGAGCUCCAGAAUGCCCAAGAUGCAAUGUACAGAGCUGCUCUGGAGGAGCUGCAGCUGAGGUUGCAAUUUGAAGAGAGGAAAAAACAGCGUGAACUUGAGGGCAAGUGGGGUGUAACUGCAUCAGAAGAGGAAGAAGAGAACAAGAGGAUGAAAGAAUUUCAAGACUCAAUACCUAAAAUGUGCUCACAGCUGCGAAUACUCACUCACUUUUACCAGGGAAUCGUCCAGCAGUUCUUGGUCCUGCUGACAACCAGUUCAGACGAGAGCCUUCGGUUCCUGAGCUUCAGGCUGGACUUCAACGAGCACUACAAGGCCAGAGAGCCGCGGCUGCGAGUGUCGCUGGGCACGCGGGGCAGGCGGAGCUCUCACAUGUGACACAGCUGCCAGGGCCACCCGCAGCCAGCAGCCACACUGUGGGAUCAGUGUCUCCAUUGCUGCAGGCAACAUGUUCUCAGCCAGUGCUUGUGUGACACUGGAUAGCAGAAAGCAAAAAAAGCAGGGUUUUUUACACUGAUGUUUCUAGAAUUGCCAGACUCUAUGGGCUGAUUGAACCUCAUCCAAUCAACUUGUUAAACCAUCCUUUUAAAUAAAUGCCAAUUUUAUUUGAAGCUUUCUGAGCUUUUUCCACUGUAACUUAUAUCUGUGUCAAAGAAAUCACAUGUUCUUUUGUUUAUAGAAAGCACCAUUUCCUUUUUUAAUAAGAAAAUAAGAAGGUUAUUUUUUCUAUAUGUACUUGUUCUAUUUGAAGAGAGCUUUUGUUAAAGCAAACAGAUCAGGACCCAGACCUAUUGUCCUUGUUAAGAAGCUAUACAGCAUUUCAUUAUGCUGAUUUUCAGUGUUGUGAUGUGUUUGACUGUGUGAGAAACUUUGUAUCAGGAGACAUAUAAAGUUAUAUUUAAUUUUUUGUUGUUUUCAAAGUUAAAAACCUGGAAUAAAAAUUUAGUGGGGAAAUUCUAUGGUUACUGUACAGGAGCAAACUAUAAAAGCAGAGUCAGGAGUGUAUCUGUUGCACAUAAGAUCUAAAAAUGGGGUUUAAGCCUCAGUACUGAAGGAGAGUGUUGGUUAAUCUUGACUGCUUAAUGUUCAAAAUCAGAUCUGUAGAAACAAACUGACUUGGCUAAUGUUGACUUCAUUCUCUUCACUUUCCUAUUUUUUUCAUUGUAAAUAUUUAUAUAUUGCUGUCCAGAUGUUGGGGAGAGGGGGAUUCUUCUUUUGCAAAGUUGUCAUUAUAUCAGGUCAUUUACUAUGUUCCACAAGUGCGAGCUUAGAAAAAUAAAAACACAAUUAUCUUUCA